AUGAAGAAGCUCACGUGCGUGGAGGUGGCGCUGCCCGAGAGCGUCAAGCACCUGGCCCACGUCCACGACGCCGUCACCGCCUUCGUGAUGCCGCUGACGCUCGACAACGCGGCGCGUCUCGGCUGCGUGGACGUGCUGACGCGCUUCAGGGGGAAGCCCUGCUCCACGUCGGCCAUGCUCGCGGCGGUGACGAACGGCCACUUUUCAUUCGUACACGGGCUCCUACGCCUCGGCAAGCUGGCGCCCCAGUCCAUGGUCACGAACCAAGCCUUGAAGCGGGCGGCCGAGCAGGGCGACGGCGAGGCGGCGCAGCUGCUGGUCCGCGACUGCAGCGACGACGCGGUGAGCCGAGCGCUGAGCUACGCGACGAGGAACGGCCACUGGGACGUCGUGGAGGUCCUAUACAGGAGAGGGGGCGCGGGCUUCGCCGCAGGCGGGGAAGUGCUGAGAGCCGCCGCCAGGGCGGGGCGGGAGGACGUCGUGCAGCUCGUGUGGCCAAGUUGCUGGGCCAAAGAUGUGGCGGGGGCGCUGCAGGACGCGGCGAAGGGCGCGCGUUGGGAAGUGGUCAAGGCCCUGUACAAGCACACGAGUUCCGAUGCGAAAGAGUUGGGCGUUGCGCUGACGUGUGCGACUGCCGCUGUCAACAGGGAAAUGGUGGAGCUGCUGCUCCCUCUGUGCGGGGAGAAGAGCGUGAAGGACGCGCUGAGAUUGGCUGCAUUGCAGCGUCAAUGGGACGUGGUCAAGUUGCUCGGUGAGAAGCUGCAGAUACCAGGCUGUGAGCGGGCGCUGGGCCUGGUAGAGAAGGAGGAAGGGCGUGCGCUGCUCGAUCUGCUGUACAAGCGAUGCAGGUGCUACGAUGCUGAGAAGGCGGUGGCGGAGGCACUCAGGCAUGAGAACUGGGCGGCAAUAAAGCUGCUGGCAAAUGUGUGCUACAAGGACUCGAACAAUGUUCUCGAGGCAUUCAACCAGGCAGUGAGUGCUGGACGAUGGGACGUGGUGAAAGCAUUGUACCAGGAGUGCAGCGCUGAAGCUGUCACGGAGGCGUUGUUGCAAGCUGCCGCGGUAGGAGAA